AUGCUUCCUGGGGUUGGGGCUUCUUCAACGGAUCUCCGCCUCCUCUGAUCGCCGCUAUGUGUACCGGCCACCGUCGCCAGCGAUGAAGUCGAGGAGAUGGGCAACAGAGGAGGAAAUCUUUAAUCCGCAACUGGGACGCACCCAGGACCUGCACUGGAUGCGCGAUUUCGGGGGCGGCUGCAACUGGCGCAGCGCUUCACUUCGUUGCUGCGAAUCUCAAGCAGCGACUGCGGCGGGAGGUCGCGGCCGUGGGCGACGUGUGGCGGCGCCUGGCGGCUGGUCAGAGUUUGGUGCUUUAAACUCGCGCGGCGUCAGUAAUCCUCCAAUGCCAAGCAUGACGAUGUUGGGGGCACGGUAUGUUUGGCCUUUUCUCAUUUGGUUGUUUAAGUAGCUCAAAAUUUAGGGUUUCAUGAGGAUUAACCGAUUAAGUCACUGCUCCAAACAGGUGUCCCCUGUAUUUCGGGGAUCACUAGGCUAUAUUUUUUUUUUCAUUAAGCUAUGUUUAUUUUAUUCCUAAACAAAGAAGUAGAUGAUCAUUUGGAUACGAUAAGUUAUGUGGAGACUCUGUAUGGUGAUAUUAACAGAGCAAUCGCAUAGGUACAAUACAAAA